UUUAAGAUCGGACCUAUCUGCGACCUGAGCGAGGUUUUUACGCACAAAGUUUGAUUUUACGCACCUAUUUAAUCCGGCUUUCAACUUUUACGCAAGAAUGACCUCUUCUAACGUGUCGAUUGUGGACUUAACGCAGUGUUUUUGGACUCUGAACAUAAAGCCUUUCCUCCUGUGGAAGGAUAACUGCUCCUGCUAGUGUUGCUGUGUUGUCUUAAGUGUGUGUGUGUGUGUGUGUGUGUGAGGCGACAGAUUCAACCGGGACACCCAUCCAUCUACCUGAGAAUCAGCUCAAACUGGAGCGUCUCUUUUGACACGAACUCGUCAAAGAGCUCAGAAACAACUCGCUCUUAAACCUAAACAGACACCGAGAUGCAGCAUUUGACAAACUUAAAGCCAAGGCUACUCCAAAACGCAUGAGCCACUCAGGUCGGACUGAACCAUGUCGGAGGUGCUCGGAGUUGUGCGUAAAAGCAGCCGUACACCGGACAGGAAGUGAACUAAUUAUUAUUAAACCCCAUCCCUCAUUUCCAUAUCUAGCGUGAGUUGGCUGGACCGCAGCCAAUCACCCAGCGAAGGGCAGCAAGAGUCGUAAAAGCAUUAUCCUUCCUCCAUCACAAUUACACUGACAUGCGCAAUCUGCACGCGGGCAUCAGCACCAGCCACCGCUCGCUUAUUUCACCGACCCCGCUCCCUCUGAAGGGUCCCAUUCGCUGCUUGUAGAUGAGUCGGCGAAAGGCAGCAGAGAGAGAUCAACAUGUCCCGCCGCAAGCAAGCCAAACCGCAGCAUCUCAGGUCAGAGGAGGAGGCGACACGGAGCGGACUCCUCUGCAGAAAUGGCAUCGUGGAGGGCAUGGACAGGGUGGAGAGCAAUGGAGGCUGCCACAGCAGUGAGGAAACACACGUCUGUGACAAAUGCUGUGCUGAGUUCUUCACUUGGACUGAACUGAGGGAACAUCAGAAAGUCUGCACUGAGGAUCCCUUGGUGCUGAUAGUGAAGGACAACGAGGGGAUGCCAGCUCCUGAGGAAUCUCCUGUCGGACCUUCUCCAGUUCCUAGUGUGGCGUCCAGUGACUCGUCUGCAGUGGAGUCCACAGACGCUGGCUUUGAGCUUAAUGACAAUGACAGUCUGGACAAUUUAGAGGAAGGCUUGGAGCAUGAUGAAGCCAUGGAGCUUGAGCAUCGCCCACAGGACACUACAACCUCAAGCCCUCAGCAUCAAGAUUCAGCUGAGUCCAUUUCCCCUCAGAUGCCAGCUGCUGGCAGCUAUGGCAUGCCGAGUACAAACGUGACGCUGGAGAUCCUUCACAGCACCAGGGUGGCUGUCGCUCAGUUCUCCCAGGGGAUCAGCAACAGCGGUACUGGAGGGAAGGCAGCUUCAGCAGCCAUCCCGGUGAUCCUGGAGCAUCUUCUGGCUCUGCAGCAACAACAAGUCCACCAGCUGCAGCUUAUUGAGCAGAUCUGCAGCCAGGUAGCCAUCAUGAACAGACAGCCAACACAGGCAGCGUUAAACCCAGUCUCCAGAUCUCUGUCUCUGGCACCUAACCCUUUCCCCUCUCAAAGCAUCAUCGCUCCUCCCAUCCUGCCACUGUCAGGAACGAUGCCCUCAGCCAUCAAUGGACAGGCUGCUGUUUCCUUGUCCUCUGUGCUUGACAAGUCACAAAGUCUCCCCUCACAAACUGUAUGUGGGCAGUCCAACUGUAGAGAUGUAACAUGUACCUCAGCUUCCUCGGAAAAUUCAACCCCAUCGCUCUCCAGCUGCAGCAGCAGGAUCUCCACUUUACUGCCACACACCAACAGCAUUAGCUGUACUCAGACACUGAGCUCCUCCAGCCAGCUCCCCCUGGCGCAGAGCAGCCUCCUCAGCUCAUCCUCCAGCCUGCCAUUUCUACCUCAGAGCCCCCCCAGCAGCGUCAUUUUCCCCAACCCCUUGGCGAGCAUAGCCGCCACAGCUAAUGCACUUGACCCUCUCUCAGCCCUCAUGAAGCACAGGAAAGGGAAACUGCCUAACGUGCCCUUGUUCGAGACGAAGCCCAGCCCGGAGGAGCCCUUCUUCAAGCAUAAAUGCAGGUUCUGUGCCAAAGUGUUUGGCAGUGACAGCGCUCUGCAGAUCCACCUGCGCUCCCAUACAGGAGAGCGGCCCUUCAAAUGCAACAUCUGCGGCAACCGCUUUUCCACAAAAGGGAACUUAAAGGUGCACUUCCAGAGGCACAAAGAGAAAUAUCCUCAUGUUCAGAUGAACCCGUACCCGGUGCCAGAAUAUCUAGACAAUGUGCCAACAAGUUCUGGGAUUCCCUAUGGAAUGUCCAUCCCUCCAGAAAAACCUGUCUCCUCAUGGCUGGACAGCAAACCUGUUGUAGCAACUCUGCCAGCCACUAUGGGUCUUCCUCUUUCCUCCACUAUUACCAGUAUCGGAGGCUCAAAUGACCCUGUAAGUGUAACACCAUCCGUUAAAUCUCCCUACCAGCCAGCUCCUGGUGAAUGUGUAUCUUUGUCACCUAACCACAGAGGCAGUGAGGCUCAUUUCUCUCCUGUUUCAGAGUCUCCGCAGUCAAACCGUGAGACAGAAGCGUCCAAUAUACUGAAAACAGAGGGGGUACACCUGCCCCAGAACUGCUCCCUGAGACUGAGAGCCAACCCGGUAAUAGAUGCAAGCAGCACUAUGAUCCCAUCUGUGACCACCACGCCUGAACCCGUCACCUCAGCGUCCCCUGUCUCCAACUCUCCACCUCUCUCGUUCAACUCGGACGAAACUAAAUUCCCAACCAGUGGUUUCCUGGACUCUAUGCAAACAUCUGAAACCUCAAAGCUUCAGCAGCUGGUGGAGAACAUUGACAAAAAGAUUACAGACCCCAACCAGUGUGUCCUCUGUCACCGCGUCCUCAGCUGUCAGAGUGCGCUGAAGAUGCACUACCGCAUUCACACCGGGGAGAGGCCCUUCAAAUGUAAAGUGUGCGGCAGGGCUUUCACCACCAAAGGCAACCUGAAGACUCACAUUGGUGUUCACAGAGAAAAUCCCCCAGUUCAGGUGCAACACUCGUGUCCCAUUUGCCAGAAGAAGUUCACCAACGCUGUCGUGCUUCAGCAGCACAUCCGCAUGCACAUGGUCGGACAGAUUCCAGACUCGACCCUGGUGGACGGGCUGCAGGAGACAGAUGGCGAUGUCUCCUUCAAUGAGAGGAACUUUGACAGUCUCAGUAGCAAUGACAAUGACCUCACUGAUGAUAUUUCAAUGGAGGAUGAUAAUGAUGAAGAGGAAGAGGAGGUAGAAAAUAUGGAGGAAGUUGUAAACCCAUCUAAACCCUUAAUCUCUGAAUGUAACUCUCCUCCUAAGUCCUCCGUUGUUUCAAGUAUAGCUGCACUGGAGAACCAAAUGAGGAUGAUUGACUCGACUGUAAGCCUGACCAACUCCUUCAGUAUAAAGUCCCUAACAAAUGGUUGUAAUGACAGCAGCCAUCACAACGUUAAAUGCUCUUUAUCAGAGAAAAAGGUGGAGCAUUGCAGCCUAAAUAGCCCGAAUGUGUCAGAAUCCUCCAGUUCACCUCGUGUAUCAGUGUCUCCCAUUCAAAGCAACUCAGAAGGCAUGACGAUCAAAUCACCCACAGUGAGCAGCAACAGGCCAGAAUCCCAAGAGCCUUUGGCAGCAUCAGUGAAGAGAGAGCAAUCUGAGUCCCCUAACUCUGCAUCAGCAGCUGCAGUGGCCCAAGAGCUGAGAGGGAUACAGGCCAGCAAGCUGUGCGUGAAAGAGGAGACUCCUUAUAGUAUGUCAUUCCAACUGAGCAGAGAAAGAGCUGCAGGUCAAAGCAUUCCCAGCCUGGUUACCAGCACGUCAUCAGGCCUGAUAAAAACCGAGGUGAAUGGUCACAGUCAACCCCACAACCCUUCCGAAGGACAGCACCCACCAUUCAGCAUUCACAUCCCCCCGGCUUAUGCAUCCGUUGGCAGCCCAGGAAUGACUUCCCUGCUCGGCCCUGCUCCUCCUCGUCGGACACCGAAGCAGCACAACUGCAACGUCUGUGGGAAGAACUUCUCAUCGGCCAGCGCCUUGCAGAUCCAUGAGCGCACACACACCGGAGAGAAACCGUUUGUCUGCACCAUCUGCGGCAGAGCUUUCACCACGAAAGGGAAUCUUAAGGUUCAUAUGGGAACUCACAUGUGGAACAACGCACCAGCCAGGAGAGGCCGGCGGCUGUCAGUAGAGAACCCCAUGGCGCUGCUGGGUGGAGAGGCAGCGAAGUUUGGGGAGAUGUUUCAGAAGGACCUGGCAGCUCGAGCGAUGAAUGUAGACCCUGGAUUUUGGAACCGCUAUGCGACAGCUAUCGCCAACAGCCUGGCCACGAAGAACAACGAGAUCUCAGUGAUUCAGAACAGGGGCAUCUCUCAGCUUCACCCUCUGACUGCAGGCAUGGACAGAGUGAGCACUGCAGGAAGUCCAAUAACCAGUCUAACCAAGGCAGGCAUGGACCUGGGAAAUAAUAGGCAUUUUUCAAUGCUGAUUGAUGACAGCAAAGAAAUUGGAAUCAACUGAAAAUAAAAAAGAUGAAUGGAGACGUAAUACUUAUGCAAUCUAUUAUGGACAUUAAAAUAUUUGUAAAACAUCUUGUUUGUUCUUAUGUAUUAUAUAUAGACUUGAAAAAGAACUUUUUAUCAAUUGAGAGAGAAUAGUAGGGAAUUCACAUUUUGCUAUUUUACUUUGCCGUCAUUUGUGAAUGUUUUUUUUUUCUAUACAUUAAAGAAGUUUAACUUGUACCUGAGAGAAUUCAUAAGGUGCUCAGACAUAUGGUUGCUCUGAAGAAGGGAACGAUAUGUUCAAAUCAAUAAUGCAAAGAGUCUGUUAUCUCCUCUGGACAGCUGCCCAGUGCUGCUAGCUGGUGCAAAGCACAAACCAUGCCCGUACAUACCCACAAUUACCAAUUGCAGUGAGCUAUUGUCAAUGUUAUGAUGAGAAAUUGUCAUUCUUAAACAACAGUUGGACUGAAUAAAAACUAGA